AUGUCAGACAAGGACCCGUUCAAGGACCUGGUCUUCAACGGUGCUCCAUCGGAGUAUCGGCUGUUCAGGCGGAAGAUCCUCCUGAGUGUGGCUUCUCUGGAAGAGAAGCAUGUAUACUUGGCUGGCCCGCGGAUCUUGAACCGCUUGACGGGGGAAGCUUGGCGAGCGACUGAGCACCUCGCCAUUGGCGACCUUAGGUCUGAGAAGGGCUGGUUGAGAGUUCUGCAGGCUCUGGACGAGCACUACCGCUAUUUGCCGGAGACCGAGCUGAACGAGUGUGUGGAUGAGUUUCUCUUCCAUUUGAAACGGAAGGGCCACGAGGGGCCCACAGCUUUCGUUUCGCGUUUCAAGGCGGUUCUCAGCCGGCUUGAGACUUUGGUGGCUGCGGAGAAGGCACAGCAAAAGGGAUCGACUAAGAGAAGGAGAUCGUCGAAGCGGACAUCCAGUCCGGAUGGGGAGCCUUCUACGAGCAGCUUGAGCUCAGAUCAUGCUGAGGACGAAGAGCCGGUCUUAACCAAGGACCGGGUGGAAGCGGCGGCAGCGGCCGCUGAGACUCCUUCGGGUGCCCGUGCACCAGCUGAGCCGGCCAGUGUUUCCAAGGGCCCGCGCACGGUCGGCAGCUUCGUGGAGUCUCCUAAGAAAAAGCCUCCUUCAGCAGGCGGCUCUCAGAGGAGCCGCGGGACACAGAAGGCCGAUGAUGAACGAGCCAACCGACAGAUGAUGGAAGACUUGGGGAAGCUGGAGGUCGGGCAUCUCCGGGUGAAGCCCAUCUUUCCAGAAGUGAUCCUGGGACAUCUGUUCAUGAGGAAGUACGGGCUGAAUCGGGAACAGAGAAGCCAGGUGAUUCGUUCGACCGGUGGCUCGUGCCGGUUCAGGGACGUGGAGAAGGUGAUCCGUGCCUCCGACUACGAGGACAAGUUCCACGACCCGGGCCCCCGAGGUCAGUCGUCUCGGCCGACAAGAGGGGCUAAUGUCCUUGCUGCCGAAGAGGGAAGCAGCUUGAGUGAGCCCACUUACUCGGACGAGGAUGAGGUCAACGAGGCGGCUACAGGCGACGAAGAGAACGACGAUGAUGAGGACUUGGAGGAGGCCUAUGAGAUCCAGAAGAAGGCGAAGAACGAUGCAAAGCGCGCCUUCCGGAGCUACAAGGAUAGCCGACGACGAGUGAAAGAAAUCCGGAAGGACAGGCAACCCUACAUGCCUGUGGUGGCGAUCCCGCCUUCCUCAUCAAAUGCGGUUCCCCCCGACGCCAUGCCGGUGCAACCUACGUUCCGGUAUGACCGGAAGCCGUCCCGACGGACAAAUGACAAGGGGAAGGGCGGCCGCAAGGGCCGCAAGGAGGACGUGAGCCUCGUGCAGGCCUCGUUGGUGACCGAGUUCUCUUACAUGGUCUCGGCCGAGGACGCUGCUCCAGAGGAUGACCAGGAGAUCUUUGCCGUCUCCGUGCCGCCUGGCUUGGCUGUGAUAGACACGGGGUGCACCACCUCGGUGAUCGGGAGGCGCACAGCCGAUCGCUACAUCGAGUUCUUCAAGGCGAGGAGCAUCCCCGAGCCGACCCUGGUCACUCUGCCUCCUGUCCAGCUGAAGGGCUUCAAUGGGAUGCGCUCCUCCUCAGAUCGUGGCCUCAAGUGGACAGUCAAGCUUGGAAGCUUGUGGGGUCAGGUCACGACUUACCUGGUGGAGGGCGAGGCUCCUUUUCUCCUGAGCCGCAAGGUCCUGCAGAGCAUGGAGGCCACGAUCGACCUCGGCAAGUGCACUCUGUCGAGCGAAAAACACGGACUCAAGAAUGAGCCCUUGGCCCAGGCGAGCAAUGGCCAUCUCCUGAUGCCCCUAGUCCCAACCGAGGACUACGAGGACCUGCUCCAAGUGCAGCUGGCAGAGAGGGCGGUGUUCGACCGGCCUGGAGCAUGCCUCUUUGCGUACCGAUACGCAACGGCCCAGGAGCAGGCCGUCACUGCAGACAUGUUGAGGAACAACCUCAGCAGGUUAGGAGUUAGCUUCGGUCAGGAUUUCAACAGGGCGAAGGUUAGCUUGGCCAAAGGUGGAGAGGCUGCAAGGUCUGUGCUAGCCCGACGCAAGAAGGAACGCCCGCCCCGGGAUCAUGGGGGGCGAUAUCCACAGAAGUUCUGCAAGAAGCUGGUGCGUGCACUGGCCAGUAGGGACAAAGAGGUUCUUCCAGAGCACGACAUCUUCAUGCAGACAGACGAUGAAGCAGACUCUGAGAGAGAGUCUGACCAAGAGGGCGACCCAGAUGAGGAACCGAGGCUGCGAGCCGCCAACCGCAGAUCAUAUGCGGCUAUGAUCCAAAAGCUGCAUGUCAAUACUGGCCAUGCUUCGGUUCCCCAGAUGCUGCGUCUUGCUCAGCGGGCCAAGGCACCGGCCGAUCUGAUUGCGGAAAUUCGGAAGUUCAAGUGCUCUGUGUGCGAAGAACUCCAGGUUCCUCCGACUCAUAGAGUAGCAGCCCUACGGCAUACAGAGACCCCGAACCACAUCGUAGGCCUUGAUCUUGUGCAAGUAGAGCUUAAGAAAGAAGGACCCCGUGGACCCAUCGAAACUAAGUACAAUGUCCUUACUGCAGUCGACUAUGCCUCCGAUUUCGCACAGCAGAUCGUCCUGCCAGCUGGUCCGGGAGUU